CUAGAGGGGGGCAUUAUCUUUCCCCUUCGCCCCCUCCUCGUAGAAAUCUGUAACAAAUUCAAGAUUUUGCCCGGCCAGCUUACUCCAAAUGCUCACCGGUUCUUGAAUUGUUUUGUAAAUAUCUGUGAAAAUUUGAAAAUCAACCCUUCCCUUGAGCUUUUCCUCCACAUGUACGAAGUCUUGCCCGGGGCUAGUAACUGCCCAGGCUUCGUCUAUUUCCAUUCUCGUAAUAAGAGAUCUUUUGUGACCGGUCUUCCUCCUAGUCACAAAAGAUGGAAGAAAAGAUUUGUUUUUGUUGGAUUCCCCCCUGACCAAUUUCCUCUCUCAAACCCUGAGUGGGCUGACCGGGUUAUAAAACCUGAAAGGGUUCAACCGGAGCCCACUAAAGAUCUUGAGGACGCCUGCGAGAAACUUCUCAAGGGUGAUCCUGUGACCGGGAAACCUUAUGCCUAUGGGGGCUGGGUAUUCCGGCUAGCUAACCCGGAUGGGGGUGCGUCUGCGACCCAUGACACUGAGGAUAACCGGGCUGAUUCCCCGGAUGGUCACGCUGAGGCCGGCUCUCCUCAUCCAGACAUGAACUUCAACAGGAUGACCACCAUCAUUGAGGAUGACGACGAUGAUGUCCAAGUCCUCCACUCCAACCGGUCUCCUCUCUCUAACUCUCCUGGAAAGGAUGGGGCCAUAAGUGCCCGGUGUAGCCCUAUCCAUGCGCAGAGCCAGAAGCUGAAAUCUCCUUCAGCCAGGCAUCACUCUAAGGUUGACCGGGCUAAUCCCCCCAAAGUCCCGGUCCAAUCAGGUGCUAAAGAGGUCGGUGCAUCUUCCUCUUCAAAAGCCAAGGACCAAAAAAGGAAGAGCUCUCAUAAGAGUUCCAGGGGAGGCAAGAAGAGGAAGAUUAGCUUAUCAGACAGGGAGGGGGAAACCAUCGAAGAAGCCUUCCUAUCCCUGGCCAAAAAACUCAGCAAGGUCGGGGUCAUUUCAGAGGAGAUUGGCCAAACAUUAAAGGAGAAGGACCAGGUCUCCCAGCUCACCCUCCUCCUUGAUUCUGCUAAGUUAGAGAUCAAUGACCGGGCAGAAAGGGAGAGGAGACUUGAGGAAGAGUUGAAGGAAGAAAGGGCCCGGUUUGCUCUUCUGGAGGAGGAAAAGAAGAGAAAGAUCGCCGAGCUCGAGGAUGCGCUGGGCCAGGCUGAAGAAUCUGCCCGGGCAAAGGAGGAGGCCUUUCCUUCUGAAGCUGCUGACUAGGCUGCGCGCCAUCACACGGAGGUUGCCCGGUCCCUUCUCACUACCCGGAGGAAACCAUGGACUUUUUCAAAGUCAUGUAUCAAGAGCCGGAGGGGAAGAGGAUGAUAACGGAGAUAGGGUCUUAUGGAUUCCAGUGUGGUCAGAAAGAUGAGAGGUCUCUUCUUUAUGCCAGACUUCUGAAGAGGGAUCCUUCCUUUGACCCGGCCAAAAUGAAGCUUCCAGCCCUCU